GGAGGCCGCGCGCUGGGCUGGAGCCGGAGCCGCCGGUGCCGUUUCUCCGCAGGCGGUGCUCCGCAGGGCGUGGAUCCCGAGGCCUUCUCCUGGUUCCAGGCGGUGGACGCUGACCGCAGCGGUUACAUCUCGGUGAAGGAGCUGAAACAGGCACUGCUCAACUCCAACUGGUCGGCGUUCAACGACGAGACCUGCCUGCUGAUGAUCAACAUGUUUGACAGGAGCAGGUCGGGACGCAUGGAUGUGUACGGCUUCUCAGCCCUGCUGCGCUUCAUCCAGCAGUGGAAGAACCUCUUCCAGCAGUACGACAGGGACCAGUCGGGCUCCAUCAGCUUCAGUGAGCUCCAGCAAGCGUUCUCCCAGAUGGGCUAUAACCUGAGCCCCCAGUUCAGCCAACUGCUGCUGUCCCGUUACGCCCAGAGGUCCUCCAACCCCAGCAUCCAGCUCGACCGCUUCAUUCACAUCUGCAUGCAGCUGCAGAGCCUAACAGAGGCCUUCCGUGAGAAGGACACGGGGAUGGUGGGCAACGUGCGGCUCGGCUACGAGGACUUCCUCACCAUGGUCAUGACACGCAUGUUGUGAGGCCAAGGGGGAAUGGUGGCUGUCCUGUCCCUCGCUGUGCCCCCCCAGGACCCCGUGCUGCAGGCAGGAGCACAGGGCCCCGAGCCCCGCUGGCAGCUCCCUGCUCCUAUUCCUCAUCCCCACUGGAUGGCGGUGGGUGCCUCUGUGCUGCAGCACGGCUCUGCCCCCAGGGCUGUGCCACAGUGUGUGACAACCAAACUGGGAGUGAGCCUGUGCCGUGCUGUGAUUCUCUGCCAUGCUUCUGGGAGCGCCUGGAUCUUCUGCCAGCCACAGAAUCGUAUCAAAACCCGGGGCCGCCUCGUGCUGCUCACAGGCAGGAUUAGGUCCCUCAUUGCCAGUGUCUGUACUGAUUUCUUUCUGCCCGUGGAAGCCAAGCUUGGAAACGGUUUACAGCUUAUUUUUGUAGCUCUAAUAAAAGACCCCUGGCACCA